GCCGAAAUUUGUAUGCUGGAUAUCAAAAAGAAAACAUGAUAAACUGAUUAAACGCAAUCUCAUAUGUUGUUCUUUUGUCGCUCGUUAAUUCAGAAAUUUAUUAAGAAAUAUACCAGACAAAAACAUGGAACGUAAAAAGGAGACUGCACCUGAUUUGGAGAGAGAGAAGGCAAGAUCGUUCAAAACGAAAGUAGAGCAGCUUGCUGAAUUAGAUGAGAUAGUUUUGCCCGAGACUAUCAUCGCUGUCGGAGAUGUUACGAAAGAUAUGCCCAAGGAUGAUGCGCCGAGCAGCGACGAGUUCGAUGAGAAUCAGGAGAAGAAAUAUCGGAACUUGAACGAUAUGCUCGAUUUACCGGACGAUACUUACUCUCUUACUAAAAUUACAGCUGAGUUACCCUUGUGCGCUAAGUACGGCGUUCGUUCCGGCCUGAUUCACUCAAACAUGCCGCAUUUCUCACCGUUAUCCAGAGGUUAUCAGGGUGGCGCUAUAGCGAUUGCAGCUUUUGCCACGACCGCGAUUAACAAGCCCCACUACUGGAACGAGGCGGUGAUCGAUCAAAUCGUCGAGGACGGCGACACUUUUUACUGCGAGUCCUACAAAGACGUGAACACGGUCGAUCGCCGGACAAUGACCAUCCUCGACUUGAAAAGGACCCUUCUCCUGCAGAAGAAGUUUAAUGUAAGAGUCGAGAUCGAGGAUCCGGCGUACGCCGGGAAGUUCCGUUCGCACAAUCCGACGGAGCUUCAUCUGGCGAAGGCGUUGGAGCUGUUCUUCGAGCGGCACAACGCCGGGAUCUUGACGUCGCCGGUGCUCAAUGUUGCGAUCUGGAGAGAUUCGAAGUACUACUAUAUUUUUGACGGUCAGGCGCGACACGAAUGCGGCAAGCCGGCGACCGAUCGGGUCAAGCGCGACGGAUCGGCCAAGCUGUUCUUCGUGAAGGACUUGAUGGGGCUACUAUUUAUUAUACUCGAGAAGAGUAACGUGCUAAACGAGCCCUUUGUGAUUUACCCGAUAUCGAUCAGCGACGUCGAGAAGAUUUCGCCGGAGGACGCCAAGCAGGCCGUGAUCGAGAAGCCGCGAAGAAGACCGAGCGGUUAUAAAAUUUGCCAUAAGGACCGAGCCGUGGUGCAGGGAUCUUAUCAUCUGACGCAUCCCGCCAUACAGGAAGCUCUUCGAGGUAAAGGACAUCUGAUCAUAGCCGUGGCGGCCUUGAUAUACUCCCGGCUGAUCCGAGCCAGCCAGUGGACGACCGCUUUGCUCGAUAUGAUCUUCAAUCUGUCCAACAUCUAUCUGAUCGAUCUGGUCAAGGUUCUGGAGAAGAGGCUCGACGACGAAUUCGAGCUCCGUGUGAACGACUUGUUGAGCGACGUUAUCCUCGGAGUGUACUCCGCCAAGGUGAAGGUCGACGGGAUGUCGCAAUAUGCAAACGUAAUAUCAAAUCACGCGGAUCAGAAGGAUAAGAUUACCAUUGACAACGCCAUGGAGGAAUUCUUCAAGACGCAGGAAAUUGGAUUGCUCGAGAUCAAGAAGAUCUUUUACGCGAUCUGGAAGAACAGUGACGCGUAUUACUUCCUCGAUCCAUUCGCUUGCGACAGCGAGGGCCUCAGGAUCGAUUACAGCGACAAGGAACGCGCGACACGUGAUAACGCCAGAGAUGCCGCUUGCGUGAUCAUGAGCGGCACCAUAGACGAGAUGGUGGAGACAAUACUGGAGAAUACUGACAGCGAGGAAAGCGAUCCUUUCGUGAUACACGGAGUCAGGGUGCUCUACAUCAAGACCGGAGUGACGCCGGGUGGCCCGCUCGAAAGUGUGAUUUAUCGAGAGAGCGGUACGAAUCGCAGACCGCGGGUCCCGUCGCCACCGGCGCCGUUGGACGCGACGAGAACCGAUCUGAUUGACACGACGCCACGCUUACAACCAGAUUCGCGUAAAUUCGCAGACGUGUCCGUUCAAUAUCCGGAGGUUAUGCGGAACGUAGAUCAGUACAUGAUGAAAGUCGACGAGCCGAUAACUUUCAUGUAUGCGCUAGAGGAAGCCAAGAAAACGAAGAAAGUAGAGGAAGAGGCGCGGGAGGUAAUUCCAGUUACCCAUAUUAUCAGGGGAUAUGAAAUGAGAAACAGUCAUCGUAUUGACGUUCACGGUUCCAUGACCUGUAUGGCCUCUAGUUUCCAACCAAAAGUACAAGGCAGACAAGGAUUAACAAUCGCCCUGACCGUGUUGGCGUUUAGAAGAUUAAAGGAUCCGACCCGCUGGCGAAAUAUAGACAUAGAUCAAAUUCUUAGACUCGGCAACAAUACUUACGAACAAGUUAUAACGUGGAUCAAACUAGGUCGACCGGAAAUAAAAGAAGAGGAAGAGAAAAAAGAGAAAGAGAAGGAGGAAGAGGAGGAAGAAGAAGAGGAAGAAGAGGAGGAGGAAGAAGAGAAAGUAACACGCACUCCGAGUCAUUUAGAUAUCUCUCUCCUACCUCCCAGAUUGAAAUUAGCCGACAACAACGUCUUUUUCAAAACGAAAAUGAACGUCAUUGAGGGAGAUGCGAAUCCUUUGGCUAAUCUCGCGGAGGCUCUCGAGUAUUACUUCGAACGAUAUCCCGAAGUAAUAUUUGAAAAUCGAAGAUUGAUGUACGCCAUUUGGAAAGAAGACGACAAAUUCUUUAUAUUUAAUCCUUAUGGUAGCGAUUUAGAUGGAUGGCGUAUUUGGAAUUAUACAGCUGCCCUUAUCGUAACGGACAGUUUCAACGAGCUGGUCAAUGUGCUUUACGGUAUCUUGGAAUACAACGAUCCGCGUUUCUCACUUCAUUUCGUGGCUGUGGACGCAAUAGAACCGGGAAAGUACAAGUCACCUGUGGAAAUCUUGGUCCCAGAGCAAAUGACAGAAAAGUUCCAAACAAAGUUUCUACCAAUCACCGAUGACGAUUUACUGAAGCUCGAGAAGGAGAAGAAACCGGAUGUCGUCGACAAGAAGCUUAUUGAUAAAGAAGAUGUGAAGGAAGAAAAGGUGAAGGAGGAGGAGGAAGAGGAGGAGGAGGAGGAGGAAGAGGAGGAGGAGGAGGAGGAGGAGGAGGAGGAGGAAGAGGAAGAAGAGGAAGAAGAAGUGGAGGAAGAGGAAGAAGAGGAAGAGAAAGAAAAGCUUUACCCCGACGCACCUUAUCGCUUAAACUUGGCUCUCCUGACUUCCACGGUGAAGAUCCAGGAUUCGACGGAAGAAGAGCUGACCGGCUUGCGCGAGGAGGUGAUAAUGGAAAAGAUGAAGUACAAUCAUCCACCGCCGUACGUGAUGCCGCCGAAGGGAACGCUUCGCGUUUUGUUGGAAGCGAAAUUAGCGAACAGAUCGGUCCCGUCUCUCGUGUCAAGAUUCUCGAUCGACUCGAGAUUGGAAAUCAAGAAGGGCGACGUCCCCGCGGAAUCUACAUCAGCCGCGAUCGUGCCGUCGCUUAGAGACGCGAAACCUUCAAAGAUGAUCAAGCUGUCUUUCGAAAUGUACUUGCACACGAGACUGCCGCCGAUUCGUAUAAUACCUCUAAGAGCUAUCGACGAUAGCUACAUCCAGUACGGAGAAAUCGACAAAGUGACUGACAAGAAAUAUCUUGAACGAGAGAAGCCGGUGGGAAAGGACGAGGACGAGACGUUGAGGAAAUUAGUGUCUUACGCGAGAUCAGAACUGAUACCACUUGGUCCGAUAAUUAAGACUCCCGUUUUAGCGGUAAAGCAUCUGACACGUAUUGCCGAGCGGAAACGAAAGCGCGUGCUAAAGGCGCAAGAAGUAGCUAUCAUUAAAAAGGAUCAUAGCGAUGCGGAAAAGCUACUAUUCCAGUUAAUGUUUCCGAAAUUUCGUCCUGAUUUGCAGCCAUUGGUCGAGAGAGAUGAUAAGAUGAAAGAGACGCAGAAAAUGAUAAUUAGCGCGAAAGACAUCGAUACAAAAAUAGAACUUCCUUCACCGAAAGUUAUUGGUUUCCAAGCCGUAGAUGGAGACGUGGAGAUACUGCGAGGCAACCUCAGCCUGUCGGAUCGCGCGAGAAUUGAAUUUGCCGACUUCAAGCCUUGCUAUCUCGCGGGUUUAUUAUGUAUUUUGGCAAAAAUCGCGCUGGACGUAGAUCGUUUUUCCGAUCAAACUCUGGACCUAUUGAUCCUUCAAACCAAUAAAUUCUAUCAAAAAAUUGGCAAAGUGUCAUACGACGGAUUUAUAGUACUUGACGAGAUAAUUGUCUUUGGCAUAAGUUUCGACGUUCUUCUGAGAGAAAUCGUUCGCAUCGAUCCUACGAGCGCGCCGUCCGACGAGCUUGAUGUGAUCGUCGGUAAAUUCCUAAGGAAGAAUCAAACUUGCAUAUUAACGUUGGCAAAUUGCACCUACGCAAUUUGGAUGGCGGACAACAGAUACUAUCUCUUCGAUCCUUAUCCUUGCGACAAGAGGGGGAGGGCCAACGAGGAGGGGUACUGCUGCCUCAUGAGAUUCCGCGAUUUGCAGUCCACGGUCGAGAGGAUUAAAGAAAACGCCGGCGAAACCGUGCGAAAACCUUUCCGUCUUUACACCAUGUUAAUCGUUCGCAUGAUGGAAAAAAAGAAACGAAAGAAUGCCGUCAAGCGUCGCGCGAAGGUAGAGGUGCCGAUGGAAGAAUCGAUUCGUAGCGUAGAAAAAUGGGACGUGACAACGCCGACAGUCGAGACGAAAGUGCCUCUGAUCGAAUUGGUCGAGUGGGUCACUCCGGAUCCGGAGUUGGAUCCGCAUCGUGACGCCGCGGCCGUCGGUUUCACGCCGAUGCGGCACUACGAGGCCUCGAUGCUCGAGACGACCGUCUUGGAGAACGACAUUACGACGCCGGCGUUGGCACCGUUCGCGACGCCGUCGAAGGACGUGCGGGAAGUGGCGACGAUGAAGCGAGUACCAGCCGACGAGAGGAUAUUUCGUCAUUACUCAUCCAUCGCGAUCCCCAUCGAUCUCUGCGUCAUGGCUUGGUCGUUGAUUCACGAUCCCGCCUCUUGGUCGGAGCGCACCGUCCACGGCUUGAUCGAGGCCGCCGUCGAUUACGCCCUCGACAGCGCGCUGGUGAACGAGGACACCUCCACGAACGGUAUGAUCGACGGGGUGCUGCCGGAAUUCGAGAUAGCGAACUACACGUUCCGGGUGGCGUUCACGCCGCCGCACUACGGGACCCUGUACACCAAGGGGUUGAAUCUCGCGAAUACGCUCGAGAAGAUAUUCGAGGCGCAGAUUUUCACCGGCGGGAUCAUCCUCAGCCGUUAUACUCACGUGGGUGUCAUCAAGCGCGGCAGGAAUCACUUCGCCUGGUGGACGGUUACGGGAACGAAGAGAUUUAGAAUGAUCAUGACCAGCAACCUGAGCGAUUUUCUCAAGCUGAUCAUCAAGCUGAUCGACUCGCCGCAUCCGAUUCCAUUCUCCGCGAAGAUGGUAACCAUAUCCUACGCUCAAGAAAUGGCACCGGAUUACAGAGACGUGGACGGUCUUCACGAGCCGAUGAUAACGACGGCGUCUCCAAUAGAGAUUUACCGGAAAGAGCUUCCGGAUUCUUAUGACGUCGAAGCGAUCUUCAAGCCGAUCAGCCUAGCACCGAAAUCGAUCUUCGUUCUCGGAACGGUAGCUCUUCGCGAUCGCGACAGUAUGAAAGAGCCGCGGGUAAAACGCUGCUACUUCGUCGCGUUACUGGCUGUCAUCAUAACGAGAGAUAUCGUUCAGUCUCCACUUCCGAGCAUGAUCGACAGGGUUCUCGAAGUGGCAGAGGGCUUGUACAGAGAUUUCGCCGAGCCGAAAUUUCACACGGAACAUGUCUUGCGCAAUGUUCCGCUGAUGAACAGGCUCUUUGUUCUUCGUGACUGCGCAUCACCUUUGGUCGUGUUGACGAUAAAUUCUCAGAACGGCAGAAAUGAUUUUUACGUACAAGUGAAACAGCACCUGAAACACUACUUUAACAUGCAUACGAGCGGUAUACUGCACUUUACUAACUGCUGCUACGGUUUUUGGUACUCGAGAGCGACCAACUGUUAUUACUAUCUGGAUCCUUAUCAAUGCGACGCGGGAGGCAGAAAGACUUCCGCUAACGGCAACGCCUGUCUGUGCAUCUUCUCCUCCGUGCCUCACAUGGUGAAGCACAUGUGCCUCAAACAGUCCGAAGGCUCGACUGGAUUCUUCAUCCACCGAAUUCAUGUGAAUUCCAUUGACGUGCUGCCAUCCGAGAAGUUUCAGGAAGAUCCAAUGUGGCUCUACCUGGACUACUAUUGGAACUUCACGCAUUCGAUCAUGAGAUCGCGUAAGAGGACGAAGCUCAGCGACUGCAGGACGGACCUGUCGAAGAUCGAUCGGCGAUUCUGGAAGAACUACGCGAUCGAGGUGAUCGGUCUGAUCUACUCCGUCUGGGGCACGAUCGGCGCGUACGAUCGUCAGUUCGGCGAGCGUGCCGGGAAGAAUCGCGUCGCCAUAUGCGUGGCCGUCUUCGCCAUGCAGAAUCUCUGCCGUCCCUCGCAAUGGAGCCCGGCCGUCCUGGACUCGGCCGUGAUCUGCGGAGACUCCUACUACACGGAGAGCCUGAAGAGUCUGAUGCAAUGCUCGAAGCCCGAGAACAGGUUCGGCCUGCAGACCUCCUUCAAGAUAUUCCCGCACUCGUGGAACGUGGAUUUCGGCACGAGCGUGUACGGGGUUCUGUAUGGCGAACGGAACAGACUAACGUUAACCGACGCGCUGAUGCUGGCCUUCGAGGAGGCGCGCAACGUUAUCAUCGAGUGCAACGGGAUCGCUCUGGCCGCGCUGGCGGCCAAAGACGCUUAUUACAUCGCCGAUCCCUGCUGGAUCGGCCCGCCGCUGUUCAGGAGGAAUCGCGGUGCGAUCUACGUUCUACGUUGCAGAAACACGAACGUUCUGAUAUACGCGAUCACGAAGAUGUUCAACACCAAUCAGAGACUCGGCGUACGCGUCACGCCGUUGAGCCUCGCGUUCGAUCGCGAGGACGUCGACGCGGAUCUCUGUACCAAGGGGAGGACGAUCCUAUCGAGGUCGCUGCAGAUAGCUCCAGGAAAGAUUGAAGAUCCCGGCGGGCUCGUUCCCGGAGCGGUCACGGUGCCCGACGAGGAUUCUUACCGGCAGUAUCAACGGCGCCUCGCCGAGGGUCUUAGUAUCAGAGAUCCCCGGCUGGAGAGUCUAGAGCUUCGUCGCGCGGGACCCGCGCUGAGUCCCGAAACUGCCGACAACGCGCUCAAGAGCACCAAGUGGCGUCUGAAUCUCGGCCAAGCGCGUUCCCGGAAAAGUCCCAUGCCACGCGUGGACUCCAUCGAGACGAAAGAUAGCUUGUCGACCGAUUCUCCGACCGAUCUGCACGAGACGCGAAUUACCGUUACGGCCUCGAUUACCACGGGCGACCAUUAUUCAAAGCAGAGAGAUUCGUCAGCGACGAGCCUCCGUCCGGAAUAGAGUCGCAGCAGGGGCGUCGCGGAAGAUCUAUUGUAGUUAUCGGCAUCGUUUAUCCAAAAAAACGAGAGAACCGCACGUCCUCAGAUCGCUGCAGACAAGAAGUCAGAGUCGAGAGCACGCCGGAGACCUAUAUAAAGAAUAGAACGACGCAAAACGUAUGACGUAAAAUGAGAAUCGAAAGCGACGUUGGAAUCUUGGUAAUCGAAGAACGAGGAUUGAAAGUGAUUGAAGAACGAGGAUUCUUCCAGAAGUCGAUUAGAAGCAUAAAUAGAUAUUAAAGACGUUUUUCUUCUUACUGACGCAACGACGGCAUGAUGAUGGAGGGCAAAAUACGUUUGAUUGCGAUCUCAUGCGGUUAGAUAUCAGCAUUAUGCAAGAUCGAUCCGUUUGGAAAUCUACCGAGGUUCUUGUGAUUUUUACUCAUGAAAAUAACACCUGCAUGGGAAAAACUUGAUUAAGGAGUCAAUAAAUAGAGGAAAAACAUUUCUAGGACAUUUCCAUCUAUUACGAAACUAUUAUCUUUUUAUACAUAAAUUAGCACUACCGCGCAUAAAUUAACACCUGAUAUUCAAUUUAUGUUUGUAGGAAUUAUGUAUAAUAUAUGCAUUAGAUGACACGCAAUUUUAUACGUACAUAUA